CUCUCUCUCUCACCCUCCCUCCCACUAUCUAUUCAUCUCAGGACAGCAAUGGGCUCUCAUUGACAUGCAAGUUCCAAUAUUACUGCUUCUACAUCCACUACUACAACUGCCGUGAAAGCAAAGAAAUAUGGCACCAAAAAAGAGACAAGCUGAGCAUAAAGAUUCUGAAAUAACCACUUGUAAAUAUUUUGCCAAACAAAACAAGGAGGAAAGUUCUUCAAGCAUUGAAAAACUGUUUGAUCCAUGCCUUAGGCUUAUAGGCACUUUCUACCAAAAAGAAUGUGUAGAACUUAGCAGAGCUCUUCUUGGCAAGUAUAUUGUACGAGCAUUCGAUGAUGGCUCUCAGGUUUGUGGUAAAAUAGUGGAAACAGAAGCAUACUGUGGCAUUGAAGAUGCAUGUUCCCAUUCUUACAACAAUAGAAGAACAAAACGGACUGAAGCUAUGUUCAUGCCUCCAGGAACUCUUUAUGUGUAUACCAUAUAUGGUAUGUACAGUUGUAUGAAUAUCUCAAGUUCUGGAGAUGGCUGUGCUGUUUUGAUACGAGCACUUCAACCCAUAUCAGGGCUUGAGAAAAUGCAAAGUUUGCGUUCAAAAAAGAACCCUUUGAAACCAAUAAAAGAGAAGAACUUAUGUAGUGGGCCUUCUAAACUUUGUCAGGCUCUUGAUGUCACUAAGGAAACAUUCAACAAAGAAGAUUUGAUAACCAGCAACCGUUUAUGGUUAUCAAGUGGAGAUACUGUGGAAGAUUCUGAGAUUGACAUUUCCAAAAGAAUUAAUAUAACUGGGGAUGAAAUAUGGGUUAAUAAACCACUUCGAUUUUUCAUAAAAUAUAAUCCAUAUGUAUCAGUGAAAAAUGCCAACUGAAAUGAAAUGAAAAAUGAGAAUGUUUUAAUGUCUUAGAAGAUAAUCUCUGAACAUUUUUGGCUUUCAUGUAAUGUAAAACCCCUUUGGCACUUAAACCAUCCACAUUGGGCCUAAAUAUUCUUCCUGUUUUAUGUUCAAACUGACUAGAUAUGGCCUCUCACACCUAUCCUACAAUGUUAUUCUAAAAUAAACAAUCACAUCAUGGAAAUGUCAGUCAUGCGAUAAUGAAGGAUUAAUUCGAAACAAUGGGAAUAAACAAGCACUCAUAUUUGACAGAGUAAUCCAAAUGCUAAAGGGCUAAGCAGGAAUAAUACAAAGCCCAUCUCUCUCUCUCUCUCUCUCUCUAUAUAUAUAUAUAUAUAUAUUAAC